AUAUUCUUUUUUCUUAACUGCAAGGACUGUUUAAAAUCUUCCAAUGUCUAGCGAAUUGAAGAACAAAGGUAACCGUGAACUAGCUAAAGGUGGUCAGAGGGAAAAUCCAGAAAGGACCUUUGACUUGGUAUUGAAAGUGAAAUGUCAUGCCUCUGAAAAUGAAGAUCCGGAGGUGCUGUGGAAGUUCCCAGAGGACUUUGCAGACCAGGAAGUACUACAGACUGUGCCAAAGUUCUGCUUCCCCUUUGACGUUGAAAGAGCGUCUCGGAAUCAGGUUGGACAGCACUUUGCCUUUGUGCUGACGGACAUUGAGAGCAAACAGAGGUUUGGGUUCUGCCGACUCACCGCAGGAGGCAAGAUCUGCUUAUGCAUCCUGAGUUACCUGCCAUGGUUUGAGGUAUAUUACAAGCUUCUAAAUACUCUGGCAGAUUACUUGACUAAGGAACUGGAAGACGAUUUGAAUGAAACUCUGAGAUCUCUCUAUAACCAUCCAGUACCAAAGGCAAACACCCCUGUCAGCUUGAGUGUGAACCAAGAGAUAUUUUUUGCCAGUGAGCAAGUUCUGAAAGAGCAGCCCUCCUUAGCACGGCAUUCCUGCUUCAUUGCCCCUGAUGUAACUGGACUGCCAACCAUCCCCGAGAAUAGGAACCUCACGGAGUACUUCGUGGCCGUGGACGUGAACAACAUGCUGCAGCUCUUCGCCAGCAUGCUGCACGAGAGGCGCAUCAUCGUCACGUCCGGGAAGCUCAGCACCUUAACCGCCUGUCUCCACGGCUCGGUGGCCCUGCUGUACCCGAUGUACUGGCAGCACAUUUACAUCCCGGUGCUCCCCCCACACCUGCUGGACUACUGCUGUGCCCCCAUGCCAUACCUGAUUGGAAUACACUCCAGCCUCCUAGAGAGAGUGAAAAAUAAAUCACUGGAGGAUGUGGUUAUGUUAAAUGUUGACACAAACACUUUGGAAUCACCGUUUAAUGACUUGAGCAGCCUUCCAAGCGAUGUGGUCUCGGCCCUGAAAAAUAAACUGAAGAAGCAGUCCACAGCUACGGGGGAUGGAGUAGCCAGGGCCUUCCUCAGGGCGCAGGCGGCUUUGUUUGGAUCCUACAGAGAUGCUCUGAGAUACAAACCUGGUGAGCCCAUCACGUUCUGCGAGGAGAGUUUCGUAAAGCACCGUUCAAGUCUCAUGAAACAGUUCUUGGAAACUGCAGUCAACCUCCAGCUUUUUAAGCAGUUUAUCGAUGGUCGACUGGCAAAACUAAAUGCAGGAAAGGGUUUCUCUGAUGCAUUUGAAGAAGAGAUCACUUCCGGUGGCUUUUGUGGAGGGAACUCGAAGUCAUAUCAGCAGUGGGUGCAUACUGUCAAGAAAGGAGGUGCACUGUUCAACACAGCAAUGACCAAAGCAAGCCCUGCUGUACGAACAGCAUACAAAUUUGCCAAGAAUCACGCUAAGCAGGGGAUAAAGGAGGUGAAGAGCAAGCUUAGACACAAGGAAAAUGAGGACGACUAUGGGACUUGUUCCGGUUCCGUGCAGUACACGCCCAUUUACACGUUACACAGCGAGAGCGGAGCAAACCUAGCCAGGCGUAAGCUUUCCCAGUCACGCCUUAGGCCUCUGAAGAGUCUGGACGGAGCCCCAGAUGCUGACGAUGAGGAGGACGCCGAGAGAGCCAGCAAGUUGUCCUCUGAAGAUGGAGAAGAAGCUUCUGCUUACUUCUAUGAAAGUGAUGACUCAUUUGAAACAAGAGCAAAGGCUCCUUCCCAGGGUGAGAUGGACUUGCUGGGUGAGAUCCUGGACACGCUGAGCACGCACAGCUCGGACCAGGGGAAGCUGGCGGUGGCCAAGAGCCUGGACUUCUUCAGAUCGAUGGACGAGAUAGACUACAAGCCCACGAACAAAUCCAACGCGCCCAGCGAGAGCAACCUGGCCCUGCUGUGCAGCGGCUCUGGGGACCAGGCUGGGUGGCACCGGGGCCAGGAUGACAGCGCCCUGCUCGGCCGGCAGCUGCCCCCCUCGCCCAGGAAGCGGCUGUCCUCCGGCGCGGGCACCGACCCUCUGUUCAUCCUGGAGGAGGAGGCAGGCGAGCGACCCCUCGGCGCAGGGAGCCGGCCCCCGGCGCCAGGGCAGCCGGGCCCCCCUCCAGGCGCUGGAGCGCCCCCUACGGAGAGGAAGGAAACGCUAAGCCCGACUGUGGACGAGCCAGCGGAGCCCGGCCUGGGGCGGCGCCUGUCCACGUGUGUGCCCUGGCAGAAAGAAGGGGAAGCAGCUCCAGAGGCCGCAGCGGGGUCUGGGCUGCUUCAGGAGGUGGUGUCUUUGUGUCAUAUCACGUCUGCUUUCCAACAAGACCUGCACAUCUCAGGAGGGAGGGCAAGCGGGAACCAAGCUUAAGUCAGCGAACGAAGUGCCCGUCACUGGCACCCAGCCUUCCACGGGGACGUUCAGGAGCCCACCACCCUGUGUCCUAAACAAGGAGUGGUCGGAAAGGCGACUCUUCCUGCUGUCUGAAGUUGUUUUUCAUUUGGGACACUUACCCAUCCGCGCUUUCGUCUCCUGGUAUGUUGAUGAUCCAUUGAUUUUUUUUAAACGUAAAGCUAAUUCUCCUCCUGUGCCCUUCA